GGAGGAUAGUUUUGGUUGUGAAAGAAAACAAGAGAAAGGAGUAGAAUUGAAAAGCAAAAUUGGAUCUGAGAGAAAGAGAGCGAGAGAUCGAGGAAGAAGCUACGCCGCCAUGUUAUCCGAUGACCAGAAUCCACAGGCUUCUCCUCACUUUCAUCCUUGUAUAUCAAUGGGGAGGUUGAUGGUGAUUGGAUUGUCGCUCCUCCUUUUAGUCGGUACAACUUUGUCAGCGAGAUCUGAUGAGGAAACGAGAGAGCGGUUUUACGGAAACGUAGUGAACUCGACGGCACCUGGAAACGGGGAAGGGAGUAUCGCCAAAAUGUUCGAUAGAGUUCUGGAGAAAGAGUUCUCAGAAAACGAUCAGCCUGAAGGAUCUGAUGGAGGAGCGAGCUUUAACAGCAGUGUUGCUGAUCAACAAGCUGAAAUAGAGACGGUUGCAAAAGUGACGCAUGAGAAGGGCAAACGAAAUGAUACUCUAGAAAACAACGCUACGAGACCAUUCCAACUUCAAGAUGUGUUUUCCCUUGAAAAUGAAGAUUCUGAUGAUAUGACUCUUAUUGACAAAAAGAACAAUGUUUUUGUCAUGUCAAACAAGAAAUCUAAGUAUCCUAUUCUUCAAGUUGACCUGAGAUUGAUAUCGGAUUUGGUGGUCAUUAUUGUUUUUGCUGCCAUUGGUGGCAUUCUCUUCUCCUGUCUUGGACAACCGGUCAUUGUUGGAUAUCUUCUGGCGGGGUCUAUCAUUGGCCCAGGGGGUCUGAAAUUCAUCAGUGAAAUGGUUCAGGUUGAAACCGUGGCCCAGUUUGGUGUUGUUUUCCUCCUUUUUGCUUUGGGCUUGGAAUUCUCAAUGACUAAGCUGAAAAUUGUUGGCCCAGUUGCUGUCCUUGGAGGACUUUUCCAAAUCGUAUUACUCAUGUUUUUGUGUGGUGUAACUGCAUUGUUAUGUGGAGCACGUUUGUCAGAGGGUAUUUUUGUUGGUGCUUUUCUAUCUAUGUCAUCUACUGCAGUGGUGGUAAAGUUUCUGGUGGAACGGAAUAGUACAAGUUCUCUUCAUGGUCAAGUCACGAUAGGAAUACUUAUAUUUCAGGACUGUGUUGUUGGUUUAUUAUUCGCACUGCUUCCGGUCUUGGGUGGUAACAGUGGUUUACUACAAGGAAUUAUAUCAAUGGGAAAGCUGCUCCUGAUAUUGUCCAUUUAUCUCACUGUUGCAUCUCUUCUAACGUGGUCAUUUGUGCCUCGCUUUCUGAAGCUAAUGAUUCAGUUAUCAUCUCAAACAAAUGAACUCUACCAAUUAGCUGCUGUGGCGUUCUGCUUACUAUCUGCAUGGUGCAGUGAUAAGCUGGGUCUUAGUCUUGAGUUGGGAUCAUUUGUGGCUGGUGUUAUGCUGUCCACAACUGAGUUUGCUCAACAUACACUAGAGCAGGUGGAACCAAUUCGUAAUUUGUUUGCCGCUCUCUUCCUGUCAAGUAUCGGUAUGCUCAUAAAUGUGCACUUUCUAUGGAACCACGUGGAUAUCCUUCUGGCAUCUGUGAUUCUAGUCAUAGUUGUUAAGACGGCAAUUGCAGCAAUAGUGGUCAAGGCUUUUCGGUACAACAUCAAGAUAUCUUUCCAUGUCGGGGUACUUCUUGCUCAGAUUGGCGAGUUUGCCUUUGUUCUGCUAAGCCGAGCAUCAAACCUACACGUUAUCGAGGGGAAAAUGUAUCUCCUCCUUUUGGGCACAACAGCUCUGAGUCUCGUGACGACUCCAUUGCUGUUCAAGUUGAUACCGAGUGCAAUGAACCUGGGUGUCAUCCUUCGAUGGUUCCCUUCGGACAAUAGCUCCCCGAACGAGAGUAUGCAGGAGAAAGCAUCGAUGAUAGAAGUACAUAACAGAACCAAGUGACCAUCUCCUUUGUACAUAUAGUCUGAAAGAUUACAAAACAGAUUUUUGAUCCGACGAAACUGGACCAGGCCGCCAAAUUUACAACAGUUGACCAGAUCAGUCUUACCAAGACUUGCCACUUGUUUUCUUGAUUAUUUUUGUGUGAUAAAAAUCGUAUAUAAUUAGUAUACACUACUAGCUAAGCCAUCGGUGUAGUCCAAGCGGCGGAACUUAUUAUUUGGUGUAACGAUAUUAACCCAGUAUUGUAUUGAAUCUCUGAUAAACAUUACAGGUAUUCACGUUUUUGUUAACUA